CUCUACCUGAAUUGCUGCACUCAGACGCUCUUCCUGGUUGGCCCCAUCCAACCUAACCUCGAAGGCCCAACAUUCCAGCUUUGCUUGCACAAGUCAGUGUAGGUUAUGAACAUCACGUGAUGCCAUAUUUCUCGAACUUUUCAAUUCAUCCAAGUUGAUUCCAACCGUAAUCACUUCAAAAUGGGCAGAGACAUCAUUUCCUUGGACGAUAUCACUCCAAACAACAUCGGGGUGCUUCAAAAAAUCAACGAGGUCAGCUUACCAACCACAUAUUCCGAACAAUGGUACAAGGACUCCCUCGCAUCAGACCAAAUAGUCAAGCUUAGUUUCUACUCGGAAUUACCAGUUGGAGGAAUUAAAGCAAAGUCUUUCAACAGUUCAAGCACAACCAACACCUACGAAACCACCCAGCAGUUACAGAUCAAAGAUCAGAUUCCCAACGCAGUCUAUAUAGAGAGUUUGGCUGUUUUGGAAGCAUACAGAGGAUUGGGUAUCGGAUCCAAACUCUUGGAAUAUGCCAUUGAAGAGACCAAAAAAAGGUUUGUUCACGAAAUCAUUCUUCAUGCCCAUGUUGAAAACCAAGAAGUCAUAAGCUGGUACGAAAAACGGGGAUUUAUGAAGGGCUCCAUAGUUCCUGAAUACUACAAGGCCCAAGGAUUAAAAAACCCGGAUGCUGUGGUUUUGACCUUGAAGGUAUAGACUACAUAGAUAAUUCACUCAAGUGCAUUUUAUUUGCAUUUAUGUACUCUAAUUCUCACCCUCGUCUUCAGUAUCUGUAUU